CGCCCGACAUGUGUUUCAGUUUGGUGAUGCUGUUCCUCUGUCUCUCCCAAACAGAGCUGGCAAGAGUUUGGGUUCAACAGCAAACAGACAAUUGGUACAGUGUGAUCUCACAGCAGCAUGAAGAGUCAGCUGGAGGUGACAGCCAUCCUCAGAGAGCCCAGAGGUCGUCCUCCGGCCACGCUAGGCUAAGCAGGGCGGUCCUGGGUGGAGGACUAACCAUCGACACCCUGCCAGACAACAUGACACGUGUAGUGGAGGACUCUGGCAAGUAUUACACAUGGCGUAGUUUUGGCCCAGAAGACCAGCGCACACAGGAAUUAUGGGUAGACAUGAAUGAUGUCCGGCAUGGCCAAGUUAGAGUCCAUGGCAUUCUGUCGAAUUCGUACAAACAAGCUGUGAGGGUUGCCCUGUCAUUUGACUUUCCUUUUUAUGGACAUUACCUGAGGCAGAUUACCAUAGCAACAGGAGGGUUCAUCUUCACAGGGGACAUAACUCACCGUAUGCUGACUGUAACACAGUACAUCGCCCCUCUAAUGGCUAACUUUGACCCCAGCUACUCCAAAGAUUCCACUGUGCAAUACCUGGAUAAUGGUGAGGUGUUCGUGGUCCAGUGGGAGCGGGUCAGACUCCCAGGAAAAGAGUCAGAAGGAGCCUUUACAUUUCAGGCUGCGCUUCACAAAACAGGAGCCAUCACGUUCAGCUACCGAGAUAUACCUGUGUCACUGGAUGUGAUCAGCUCGGCUGAGCAUCCAGUGAAGGCUGGCUUGUCUGAUGCCUUCAUGGUCUUGUCACCUUCUCCUCAGUCAUCAGAUGCCCAACGACGCACGAUUUAUGAGUACCAUCGAGUUGAGAUAGAUACAACAAAGAUCACCAGCUACUCUGCUGUUGAGUUCACUGCACUGCCUACCUGCCUGCAACACGACAGCUGUGAGCUCUGCCUCUCAUCCAACCAAACCUCUGGCUGCAGCUGGUGCAAUGUGCUCCAGAGGUGUUCCGAUGGCAUGGAUAGACACAGACAAGAAUGGCUGGACUAUGCCUGUUCAGAUGAGAGCAAAGAUGCAACCUGUGAGGAUUACUCCAGGGCUGACAGCUCCACUGGUUCCUCUAUCACACCUGAGAUCGAGGACGUGACCUCUUUGACUCCACUACAAAAAGGCUGUAAAAGUGAUGAUGAGACCAAACAUCAUAUAUUUAAGACUGGUAAUGAUGUGAAGACAGAUUCUUCAACCAACAGUGGCGGAUUGGCUAACACAGGAGUGAUAGCCGGUAUAGCGGCUGCACUCGUGCUACUUUUGGCUCUGAUACUUGUAGCUCUUUACAUCAACUACCAUCCUACUGCUGCAUCACCACUUUACCUCAUCCAGCGACGCAAGAACUACUGGUCUUCCUGGAAGUUUCAGAAGCAACAACCUGGUUACACAGAAGUGGAAGGAGAGGGCCAUGAAAAAGACAGCAUUGUUGAAGCUGGGCCAUGUUGAAAUGAUGGGUGGAAACUUGGAUAAACAAGAUGUUUGCAUCAAACUGAUUUAUACAAACAUUAAAAUGUAUACAUUUGUCAGAAGACUUCAAAUCUAAAUCCAGUUCUAAAUCCAGUUCACCUUUUACAUUCAGUUGAUGAUUGUUUUUAAAGCUGUCCAUGACUCCAUUGCAAAAAUAUGAAAUUGUUGCAACAGCUGAUUGUUAUAUGAUAUUGAAUGAUUUCAUUCGAAAUUUAUACCUAUGCUGGAAUAAAUCGGGGUUGCACACCACCCUUUUUUAAUCUAAUUUGACUGAAAUAAAUCAUGCAUGCCAUAGA